AAUUUAACUGUGUCUGUCACGUUCCAAGUUUUCAUUUGUUUAUUUGUGUUCCAGGGAAUUGCAAUUUGGUUUAUAAUUAAGAUAAAUUAAAAAUGCAUAUUUGCGUUUUCUACCUGCUAAAUUUUUGUUAGCAUUAAAAUUUUGUAACACAAUUGCUACUUCAUUCAUAGUGUGAUGAUUGAUUCACCCAAAAGAGCACAAGACUUUUCUAAAGAAUUGAAUAAAAAUGUUUAUGAACAAGUAGCUAUUUCUAUCAAUGACAUUAACACCAUGACAAAAGACAAUGCAAAUUUAUAUUUCUGGCGUAUAUUUUCUGCAAUAUUUUAUGGGACAUCCUCGUUUUUAAUUAUAGUUAUAAACAAAAUUGUGCUUACAAACUACAAAUUUCCUUCCACUCAUGCUCUUGGUAUUGGUCAGAUGUUGGUAACCAUUUUAACCCUGUAUAUUGGCAAAUCUCUAAAAGUUAUUAAAUUUCAAUCUAUUUCUAGCGAUGUUCCUAGAAAAAUAUGGCCUUUACCACUAUUUUUUAUUGGGAACCUAAUAUGUGGUUUAGGAGGUACAAAACAUUUAAGUCUUCCAAUGUUCACAGUCUUACGGCGUUUCACCAUUUUAAUGACAUUGUUAGGAGAAUACUUCAUUCUAAAUGUUCACCAGAAGCUUCCCAUCGUAUUAACAGUCCUUGCUAUGGUAGGAGGUGCCAUUAUAGCUGCAGCAGAUGAUCUUUCAUUUGAAUUCAAAGGCUAUUUGUUUGUUUUGUGCAAUGACUUCUUCACUGCUGCCAAUAAUAUUUGUGUCAAAAAAAAGUUGGAUGCUAGAGAGUUGGGCAAAUAUGGUUUGCUCUUUUAUAAUGCCUUAUUCAUGAUAAUGCCUUUAACUAUAUUGUGGUGGUAUUCAGGUGAAGUAGAAAAGACAUUUGCCUUUUACAAAUGGCCAGACAUGAUGUUCCUGACUUCUUUCUUGCUUUCAUGCUUUAUGGGAUUCGUAUUGAUGUACUCAACAGUUUUAUGUACAGCUUACAACUCAGCUCUUACGACAACAAUUAUUGGUGUCAUAAAGAAUAUUUUAAUUACAUACAUUGGAAUGUACUUAGGAGGAGAUUAUGUCUUUAGUUGGACGAAUUUCAUUGGACUCAACAUUAGUAUGCUAGGUAGUUUGGUCUAUUCUUACAUUACAUUUGUACAGAAAGAUAGUAAGGCUUCAACUCCUGUAGUAAGACAUGGUUAAAUCCCAUCGCUUUGUUUGUGAAAUGUGCCACAUAAUCGUGCCUUUAUCAGGAGCCAAAGAAAAUUCGGAGAGAAACUUUAUAUUUAAAUUAUUUGCAUACAUUUUUCAUUUAUAGCUCUAUGUUAUAAAAUGGGUAUUUUCAUUUUUAAAGUAUUUAUUUUACUGGUUUAUUGCAUUCAGCUGUAAACAUCUUUAAGUCAAAUAUGCAAUAUUGUUAUCAUCACCCAUUAGUAAUGAUCACAAAUGUCUGUUAUUUUAAUGAACUGAAUUUACAGAUAGA